AAUGAUAAUAAAUAUAUUUUAUGCUAACAAACGGUGAACCAGUCAUUAGCCCUUAGCUACCGUAAUGGCGGACGAUCAAGAUAAGAAUUCGCUGACAGGCGGAGAGACGGGAGAAGAAAAUCAGCAGCCCGAAAUUCCAGAAAAUGUCCAGAAAAUUAUCAAUGCAGAGAAGGAAGCGGAGGGCUUGCCUGCUAAGCGGCCGAAGGUUGACCUACAGUCCCUGCCAACACGAGCAUACCUAGACCAAACUGUAGUUCCAAUACUAUUACAGGGAAUGUCUGUGUUAGCAAAAGAAAGACCGCCUAAUGCAAUAGAGUUCCUGGCAGCUUACUUAUUGAAGAAUAAGAAUUCAUUCGAAUGACCUAUGCACCAAUCAGUGAUAUUUCAAUAGACGUUCCAGUGUAUAACUGUAUUGUCGUACAUUUUGUAUAUAUUGAAUGAAGACAAACUUUUUUCAUCAUCAUCAACAUCGGGUUAUUGUUUAUUCUAAGAGACUUGAUAAUUGUUUGUAAACUAUUAGUGCUGUUGUACUGGAUGAGGAUUCAGGGCUUUGGUUCUUUUCUUUUACGUAAAAAGACGUUCCGAAUUAUUGUAACUUGUUAAGUUUUAAACUGUCGCAAAUACUGGUUCAGAUCUGUAGAAAGAAAGCAAUUUGUUCAUUUGCAGUCUUUAGUUCCAUAAGGUAAAUCAUAAUACAGUUGUUACAAAAAAAAAAAAAAAAGAGUUGAUAUUAAACACACCCCGGUACUUGUUAUAUCCGUAUAUGUAUUAUUAAAGGGAGACAAUCUAGUCUUACAUUUAAAUUAAUCUUUUUGUUCUUAAGUUUCUUGUUUAAAUAAAAUUCAGUAUUUUUUUACCAAUUUAGAUAAUUACAUUUACAAUUGACAAAUGUAGAGAAAAGAACCAAUUGAUUGCCUUAAAUUGG